GACAAUGGCGUGAACCCGGCAUGGCGGAACACGGUAUUGCACGCCAUCGCGGCGACGUUGUGGGAUCCGACCUUGGAAGAGCCACAGAUUAAGCAGACGAGUGAUACGCUGACAUUUGACUGGAUGCAACGAUGGAGUGACGUUUCCCCUGGAGCCGGGGCGUACAUGUCUGAGGCGGAUUAUAUUGAGUCUGAUUUCACGCAAGCUUUCUUUGGGAGCAAUUACCCGCAGCUGUAUGAGUUGAAGCAGAAGUAUGAUCUGUUGGUUUUGUUCUAUGCCCACACGGCUGUUGGGUCUGAGGAUUGGGAGAUGUCGGAGAUGAUUUUGAGGAAUUUGCCGUCGCAGAAUGAUAACUUGUACAGAAAGUAA